GUGGCCGUGGCAGGUGGGCCUGUGGGUCUUCGAUCCAAGAUAUUCUGAGUGGAAUCUCAAUUGUGGGGGCUCCCUCAUCCAUCCCCAGUGGGUGCUGACCGCUGCCCACUGCAUUCCAGGGAGAAACCCAGUGACACGGCACAUUAAGGUCCAACUAGGACAAAUGAGACCCUCACACCAGGGCAGAGUGCAGGUGGCUAGGAUCAUCCGCCACCACGAGUACAACCUUGAGAAAGGAGCCCAAGGUGGGGCGGACGUGGCACUUCUCAAACUGGAGGCCCCCGUGCGACCAUCUAAGCGCAUCAACUGGAUCCGCCUCGCACCAGCCUCCUCCGCAUUCCCCCCAGGCACACGGUGCUGGGUGACUGGCUGGGGCGACACUGACUUUCAAAAGCCACUGCAAGAGCCCAAAAAUCUGCAGGAGGCGGAGGUCCCCAUCGUGGCAGAUGAGAUCUGUCGGCAGCACUAUGGCAAUGUUAUCCAGGACGACAUGCUGUGUGCUGGGAGCCAGG